GAGAUCGGCUCCUGGGGGGCUGCCUGCCUGCCGCAGGGACCCUGGGAGGAGGAGCAGCAGUGAGCAGGGCUGCCUCUCCUGUCCUUGUUCCUUGGUUUCCUCCUCCCCUUCCCGCUAAGACUUUCCCCUCCAGAACCCGCCCCGUCUGCUUUCUCUGUCUCCCAUCGCGGCUGUGUCCUGCGCUUCCCUUGUGUCUGCACAGUGGCCUCGGCCUCUCCAUCUCUCUCUCAUUGUGCGUUCUGGUGUCUCCCCGUGUCUGACUUUCUGUCUGGGGCGCUCACAGCGUCUCUCUCUGAUUCACCCCCACACACACCCCGCCCCGACUCCCCGGGGCCUGUCGGGCCACCGCACACCAUACUGCCGGCCUCUGGGUCCCUGAGACCCUUUAACCUGUGAGGACGUCCAGGAUCACAGGUGAGGUUCUUGGGAGCCUGGCAUCCGGCCCAACCACAGCCUGAAGGUUGCAGGCCCGACACCUGACCCCUGACCCCUCUCUCCUUCCUCCCUGCAACCCCACGCCUGACAUCUGACCCGCAAAAGAAAUCGGGCCUCUGACCUCAGACCACAGGCCCCUCCCCUGUCCCACAGUGACCUCACAAAGGUCACCGGCUUCUUCCCAGGCCGAGCCCCCUCUGCGAUGGCCCAGCUGGCUGCAGGCAGCGCUGUGCCCUGCGCCCUGGUGGCCCUCGCGGUCUUCGGGGCCCCAGCCUGGGCCUGUCUCCUCUGCUUCACAUCCUACAGCGAGCGCAUCCGCAUCUGCCAGACCUUCGCGGGGGUGGCAGGCCGGAAAGUGGAGAAGUGUGAGGAGGCCUUCGAGGCUGCCUUUAAGGGCCUCCUGGACACUGAAAUCAAUUACGAUGAGAGAAGCCACCUGCAUGACUCCUUCACCCAGAUGACCCUCUCCCUCCAAGAGAUAGCCACCGCUCAGGGGUGUACCCCUUGUCCUCAUGGUCCUCUGUGACUGGUAGAGCUCCAGCCAUCCAAUCCAAGUUUCAAGCAGCAGGAGAGAAGAUGGCACAUGUUACUUAAUAAGAAGACUACUUCCGGAGACUCCCACAGGGACACUUCCACUUGCAUCUCAAUAGCCAGAACUUAGUCAUAUGACCAUCACUAGGUCAUAUGAUCACAGCUAGCUGCAAGGGAGGCUGGGAAAUGUAGUCUUUUAGCUGGAGGUGCUUUUCUGGCUGAAAGCAUUCUGUUAACUAAAGAGUAAUAGACGUUUGGAGGAAACUGGCAAUUUCUAUGUAUUAGUUUGCUGACGCUGCUGUACCUACCGCAAACUGGGUGGCUUAAACAACAGGGAUUUAUUUUUUCACUAUUCUGGAGGCUGGAAGUCCAAGAUGUCAGUGUCGGCAGGUUGGUUUCUUCUUGAAUGGUCUUGAGGCCUCUUUACUUGAUGUAGUUGAUUAUCUCUCUCCCUGUGUUUUCACAUGGCCUUCCCUCUGUGAGUCCAAAUUCCCUCUUUAUAAGAAGUCAGUCACAUUGCAUUAAGGCUCAUCCUAAUGGCCUCAUUUUAACUUCAUUAGCUCCUUAAGACUUUGUCUCCAAGUACAGUCACAUCCUGAACUACCAGGGGUUAGGACGUCAACAUAUGGAUUUGGGAGAAGCACCGUUUAGCCUAAGACACCCUCUGCAUCGCUGAUUUCCCAAACCAACUUCCACCACCAAAACAAUCCAGCCAUCCACUUUGGAAAAAAUCACAGAACCUUGUAGUUUGGAAGACGAUGGUUAGAACUCAAAACACCCAUAAGGACAGAGAACGUGAAGGAAUGAAUGAAUGAGAAGAAAUGAAUCCAGGUGGGGAUUAUGGAGAGGUGUCAGGUACAUGCCAUGGCUAAGGGCGUGGUUGCUGCUAAGCUCCAGCUAGUUGCAGCCUCGUGGAAAUUCUGUGUGUUGCAGCUCUUCCAAAUGUUUUAAAACAUGCCAACAUUUUAUGUGACUUUCCCAAAUCUUACACGGCAACUGGUUCAUUAUUUUAACACUUUCCAGGUUAAAUAUAACAUCCAGGGGGUGGAAUUGGGCCACAGGCCACCACCCGUUGUGGUCUCCACCCCAGUUGAAUACUGGAGUUCUACACAUGAUUACUGAACACUUUUUUAAAAAAGUUAUCAUGUUUUAUUGACUUUUAGAGAGAGGAAGGGAGAGGGAUAGAGAAACAUAAAAGAGAGAAGAACAUCUUUGAUCGACUGCUCCCUGCAAACCUCUUACUGGAGAUUGAGACUGCAAUCCGCGCAUGUGCCCUGAUGAGGAAUCGAACCAGCGACCUCUUGGUUCACGGGUUGAUGCUCAACCACUGAGCCACACUGGCCGGGCAUUACUGAGCCACACUUUCUAAGACUCAGAGCUGGCUCCUGGGUUCUAGGAGCACAGCACUAAAGAAGGACAUGUUAACUUAAGAGAUAGACUUUAAAUAAUCAUAUAUAUAAAAUAAGUAAUUACAAACAGAGCUAUGAAUGCAAUGAAGGAGGAACUAAGAGAAAAAUAAGAAACUCAAAUAAAUUGGGUUUGUAGUCAGGGAAAACCUAAGUAAAUGACACAAGGUAUAACGUGAACUCUUUUUU